AUGUCGUCAAAAAUUAGAAUUCUUGUCCCCAUCAAAAAAGUCAUCGAUGCAGCUUUGAAGCCUAGAAUCAAUAAGACACACAACGGUGUUGAAUCAGCAGGUGUUAAAUUCAGCAUUAAUCCAUUUGAUGAUAUCGCCAUAGAAGAAGCAGCAAAGAUAAAGAAGGCACAUAAGGGACUCGUUGAGUCUAUUCAUGCAGUCACUAUUGGAUCUGGAAAAGCUAGAGAUGUGCUCAGAACUGCUUUGGCAAAGGGAGCGGAUACUUCUGUUCUUGUGGAUACCGGAAAAAGACACUUGGAACCUUUGGCAGUGUCAAAGAUCCUCCAGAAAAUUCAGAAAGAGCAAAAAUCUAACUUGAUCAUCAUGGGUAAGCAGGCAAUUGAUGAUGAUGCCGGACAAACUGGCCAAAUGCUUGCUGGAUUGUUAGGAUGGUCCCAAGCAACAAACGCUUCAAGGGUGAAGAUAAACGAUGACUUGACGGUGGAGGUUGACCAAGAAAUAGAUGGAGGAAUUCGUACGGUUAAAGCUCCUUUGCCUAUGGUUAUUACCACAGAUCUCAGAUUGAAUACUCCUAAGUUUGUCCCCUUGCCAAAGAUGAUGAAGGCUAAAAGAAAGCCUUUAGAAGUCAUUAAGGCGGAGGAUCUCGGCAUUAACAUAAAAGACCGGUUGGAAACUGUGUCUUUGCAAGAGCCAUCUGUUAGAAAGGCUGGUGUUAAGGUUGGCAGUGUUGAUGAGCUCAUAGCUAAGAUGAAGGAGCUCAAAGCUAUUUAA